UCCUGGCGGCGCGGGCGCGCGAGGCCUUAGGAGAAGGCGGCGGCGGCGGCGGCGGCUGCGGGUGCGGAGCCUCGGAGGCGGCGGCUGACCGUGGACCCGCGGAGGUUCCGGGGCGACCUAGGGGGCCCCGGCGGCGGCCGGCGACAUGUCGGUGGCCGGGCUGAAGAAACAGUUCUACAAGGCGAGCCAGCUGGUGAGCGAGAAGGUUGGAGGGGCCGAGGGGACCAAGCUCGAUGAUGACUUCAAGGAGAUGGAGAAGAAGGUGGACGUCACCAGCAAGGCUGUCACAGAAGUCCUGGCCAGAACCAUUGAGUACCUGCAGCCCAACCCAGCCUCCAGGGCCAAGCUGACGAUGCUCAACACGGUGUCCAAGAUCCGGGGGCAGGUGAAGAACCCGGGGUACCCGCAGUCGGAGGGCCUGCUGGGCGAGUGCAUGGUGCGCCACGGCAAGGAGCUGGGCGGCGAGUCCAACUUCGGCGAUGCCCUGCUGGACGCGGGCGAGGCCAUGAAGCGCCUGGCAGAGGUGAAGGACUCGCUGGACAUCGAGGUGAAGCAGAACUUCGUGGACCCCCUGCAGAACCUGUGCGACAAGGACCUCAAAGAGAUCCAGCACCACCUCAAGAAGCUGGAAGGCCGCCGGCUGGACUUUGACUACAAGAAGAAGCGGCAGGGCAAGAUCCCGGACGAGGAGCUGCGGCAGGCGCUGGAGAAGUUCCAGGAGUCCAAGGAGGUGGCGGAGACUAGCAUGCAGAACCUGCUGGAGACAGAUAUUGAGCAGGUGAGCCAGCUCUCGGCCCUGGUGGACGCACAGCUCGACUACCACCGACAGGCCGUACAGAUCCUGGACGAGCUGGCAGACAAGCUCAAGCGGAGGAUGCAGGACGCCUCCUCGCGGCCCAAGCGCGAGUACAAGCCACGGCCCCGGGAGCCUCUGGAGCUGGGGGAGCCCGAGCAGCCCAACGGGGGCUUCCCCUGCGCUACCGCCGCCGCGGCCCCCAAGAUCACACCAUCCUCCUCCUUCCGCUCCUCCGACAAGCCUGUGCGCACCCCGAGCCGCAGCAUGCCGCCCCUGGACCAGCCGAGCUGCAAGGCGCUGUACGACUUCGAGCCGGAGAACGACGGCGAGCUGGGCUUCCGCGAGGGGGACGUCAUCACGCUGACCAACCAGAUCGACGAGAACUGGUACGAGGGCAUGCUGCUCGGCCAGUCGGGCUUCUUCCCGCUCAGCUACGUGGAGGUGCUGGUGCCGCUGCCGCCGCAGUGAGGCCCACCCCGCCCGCCCCGCCCCGCGGGCCCACACUACGGUGCUCUCAACACUAACCCGACCCCCGCCCCGCCCCUCCCCGCCCGUUGCUGGCGAUGGGCCCAGCCCGCAACCCCCAGCCGCUGCCGCCGGGCGUCCGCAGGCGGAGGACAGGCCCGGGGGCCCGGGGGACCCCCACAGGGUGCCCCACCAGCAGCCACACACCGCACGGGACCACAGGAGCACCCCGGCCUCGCUCUACGCCAGGCCAAGCACAAAGGCUUCUGGGAGUCGAUGGUCGUCCCCCCCACCCCACCCCAGCACGCCCCUCCCCAAUGUGAUCUGAACAAUGAGUAAUGGGCCUGGUUCACAUUCCCCCCAUCUCCUGGGAAGUCCCCAGCCCUAGGACACCAGGCCCUGUGCACCCAGCACCCCACCCUUGUCGCCAUUUCUUGGAGGUGGGGCGCUAACGGGCCACAGCCCACGGAAUUAUAAUCCCGGUGGUUGUUUUUUAAAAGGAAAGUAUUAAACGUCGGUUUCUACAACCUGGGG